AUGGAUGCGUGUUUCACUUGGGAAAAAGUUCAACUUUUGGAUGGCGGCUUUGGCACUGAGCUAGAAGCAGCUGGUUACAAUGUUAAAAAUCAUUCACUUUGGAGUUGUGCAGCAUUGUUCGAUAAUCCCAAUCUCAUACUUCAAGUGCAUAAACGCUUCAUUGAAGCUGGUAGUGAUAUCAUUCUCACAAAUACUUAUCAAGCUUGUAUAAGUACAAUGAUGAAUUCACGCGGUAUGACGAAGAUUGCUGCUGAAUCGUCUUUGAAAAAAUUGGUUUCACUGGCGCAACAGGCAGUUGAUGAAUGCUCAGCACGAGAAAAAGUAAAGGUAGUUGGUUCAGUGGGACCAUACGGUGUAAUUUUUAAUGAUGGUUCCGAGUAUAGUGGACAUUACGUUGAUGAGCUUGAAGAACAGGUUCUGGUUGAUUAUCAUAUACAACAGACCAUACCACUGCUUCAAGCAGGUCUCAAAGUUAUAGCUUACGAAACAGUUCCAUCAUACAAGGAAGCUGUGGCUAUACUGAAAGCAGUGAAUGCUAUUAACCAUUCGUAUAAUUUCUGGAUAUCAUUUUCUUGUAAAAAUGGUGAACAAACCAAUCACAAUGAAAGUUUCUGCAAAAGUGUAGAGAAAAUUUCACAUCAUCCUAACAUUCUUGGAAUAGGAAUUAAUUGCACAUCACCAAAUUAUAUAACACAGCUGUUGCAAUCUGCUAGUAUCUCAGUUAAUUCGUUGCCAUUUAUUGUUUAUCCGAACAGUGGAGAAGAAUACGAAUGUGGCACAAAAAAAUGGAGAAAUGGCAAAUGUAUCUUCCCUGAUAUGGGGCAGCUAAUGGAGUGGAAGAAUUUAGGUAUGAAAGUGGUAGGUGGUUGUUGUCGAGUUGGAGCUGAAAAAAUUAAAGAACUUAGCACGCUGGUUGCAAAACUGAAUUCCGAAUACAACAGUGUUUCAUAACAAUUUUUCAGUUCACUAGAAUUGUUGCCUCUUUCCAAAAUGAUUUAGCCAAUUCAAUUAAAUUUGUUAAUAUUCUUGUUUACGAUAUGCAUUUAUAAGCAUUUUGUUUGCAAAAUGCAAUGCGUUUUUAAAGGGACUUGAUAUAGCUUUUGUCAAUAUAUUCUUUGGUAGGUAAAUGUUUCGUGGAAAGGUUGAGAUGGCGGCAUCAGAAUCACUGCCCA